AUGACAACUUCUGCCAAGGCCAAUGGCCUUCGGCAGCUCCUCCAGCUUCGUUCUCCUCCGCGCGGCACCCCCUCCCGCGUCCAUGCUGCGCGACUACGACGAUGCCUUCAAAGACACCAAACCCUCCACACCGUGGCCUCAACCGCGAGGGCUUCACCAGAGCAGCCUUCCCCGAAUGUCUCGAGUCCAGCAAGACGAUAUUCUCAAGCGAGUACCCUGCGCGAGGUCUUCGAACCAAGCAAGAAACCGACAAAGGACGGGAUCCUGGACAAGUUGCUGGGCGCGGUCCAGUCGCAGAAAACCAUGGACAUUUUCAUGGAGCUCAAGGCACUGGGUACACACGAUGAACCAUAUAAGGUCAUGGAGGCCCUCAUCGCACUGCCGGCGACUGCCUUUUCGGAGCUCGUGCGAUCACUGGAUCCUUUCCGAAUCGCUCCGCGAGCCGAUGUCACCAACGGAUUUCGCAUCUCGAGGGCGCUGGGGUACUUCAGCCCUGUUGCAUCUCUCGACAACGAAUUUGGCGUCCGCAAGCUUUACUACAACACGCUACAGCUAAUUCGCUCGGUUCUCGACUUGCGUCAAAAACAAGGGCGAGACCUGACCCUGUCUGAUUACAUUGUGCUCCUACGAUGCGCCGGCGCUGCAUCGGAUAUCGAGACCGCAAAGGCUAUCUGGAAGCAGUCAAGGGAAGGGGGGCAGAACAAGACUGCUAGUAGUGGGCUGGCCUACAACGAGUUUAUGAAGGCCAGAUUCCUCACUGAGCCGAUUUACAUGCAACGUGAUCUUGCCAGAGUCCGCAUGCGACCUCGCGAUUUGACAGGCCACAGGAAGCGCUUCGCCAAGAAGAAGCUGUUGUAUCGCCUGGACAGGCUGCGCCUGAAUAUCUUCGCACACCAACGCUCGUAUUACGGACGGUCGCCUAAUCAGCCAACGCACGACUUGCACAGAGUCCUCAGUCUACAUCAACCGAUCCGGCGUACCUACAGCGCCGUCAAGAAGAAGCGACUGACCGUCGACCGCGAUAUUCUCUCUACGUACUUCAUUGCCUGCGGUAGAGCAGGAUCUUUGAGGGAGCUACUCCGCCAGUUGUGGUCGACUUGGAGGAUCAGUUUGACUGACUUCAAGAAUCACCGCGAUACCGACAUCGUUGGAGGCGUGCUAGACCGUGGUCUCUUGUUCAGACCCAACUUACGUGUAAUGAAUGCCCUUGUCGAUGCAUUGGGAUGCACCGGCCACGUCAUUCUUGCCCGGAAGCUGAUGAUUUUUCUGUCACACAAAUAUCAAGUUCCGAUUCCACCGGAGACAUGGUCUUUGCUCCUCGAAUGGACGCACGUCAUUGCUUCCAAGCCGGCGUCGACCGAGUACAAGAUUCUCGGAGACUCCAACAGGAUCGUCGCCCCUGAAGAUGUUCUCGAUGUCUGGCACAUGAUGGUAUCUGGAGAGCACGGAUGGUCUGCGACUCCGGUUGAACCCGAAUUCAAGGACUUCGACAUCUACGUCAAGAACCUCAUCGCAUCUCGCCAAGUUGAGAGAGCACGGGAAGAGAUGCGCCGUGGCGUUGCCAUGUACGAAUCGGCUUGCCAGGACGUGGAGACAGCUCUUUUCGAGAGGCUAUACAGAUCGGCGCCGCCAGAAGCUGUUACACGCCACAUGCGGGCAAAAGUGAAGCAGCACAUCGCAUGGUUCGCCAUAGAAGUAUGGUGCUGGACUUGGCUUGAGACGUCCAGUAAGCUCUAUCGGUCUAAUGAGGCCUUCUCGUCGCGGACUAUCCCUGCCUUUGUCGCCGAGUUCAAGGACUUCCUACCGAACCCGGCCACGUACAAGACGAGCGGCGGUACCGUGAGGCUCGAGACGCCGCAGAAUUCCAUGAGACAUUCCUGGACGUCGCAAGUGACCCGAAGUCCGCCCACAGCUUUGCGCGUUCCCGAUCGAACAAAACCCAAGCACACCCAUCUCGGGGCUGACGGGGGUCAGGACGGCGAGGAGCGUCCGCUGAUUCCCGUGGUGAUGGAGUCGGGCAAGCAGUUGUAUGAGACGACGACGAUUAGGCUCAACCGAUGGACGAAGGAGAUGGUGCGAAAACGGACGGACCGUGUUUUCGGACAGCUGGAGAAGGGGCUUACAUACGCCGACGAGGGAGUGGUGGAUGAAGACCACGAGGCGUUUGGCCGCGCGCUGAAUGAGGAGGCGUGGAGAAUACAGAAGAGCGGACUCAAAAAGAGGCUAGUGCUGAGGAGUCUGCUUUGGUGA